AAAAUUAGUUGAUCUCAAGAUCAGAAUCCUGGCACCAGUGGCAAUCGUCCUAAGUAGUUGAAUCACGUUCACUUCUUCGACAGAUUCGGUUCAACUGAUCAAGGAACAGAAAGUAUUAAAUUGAGACGACGAAGAGUGAGGAGCUGCCGUCGACGAUGAACCUGCCAAGUGCGACAGCCAAUCGUUACAAAAUAGUUUACUUCAGUAUCAUAUCAGCGAACGACAAAGACAUCACGAGAAUUGGAGCAAAACUGGAUAACGAUGUAUUCGAUUAUUACAUCAAGCCUGUUUAUUCGAGUGCCAUGAAGAAGGGUUUUGAAGAGUUUGAAUGGCGAAAUUCGAAAUUGUUUUUCCGAAACGAAGAAUUGCCGACGGUGAAGCUAGAAAUUGGUUUGAAGAUGUUCCGCCAAUUUAUCAAAUCAUCACCGAAGCCGGUUGUACUUGUCAGUCAUACUGCGUACGCCGAAGCAGCAAUGCUUUAUAGUGCGAUUGGAAAAACUGGCAUGACCCGUAUGUUCGAUGGUGUUAUUGCGGGGUGUUCAGAUUCUAUUGAAAUUUUUAAAAAAGAACCCUUCAAUCGAACGUGUCGGGAGCAGCUCAGAUUGGACGUCCUGUAUCAAGAAUUUCUUGGAAAAAAAUACACACAAAAUUUCUACGAUAUGCCAUAUUAUCUGAAUGUUCUCGAAGAGCUUAUAACCAGUCAUGUACCGACGGAUGAUUUAAUCAGAAAUCUUGUUUCCUACAAAGAAUUCAUCACAAGUGAAGAUGAAGAUGAAGAUGAAGAUGAAGAUGAAGAUGAAGAUGAAGAUGAAGAUGAAGAUGAAAAUGAUGAAGACGAAGAUGAAGACGAUGGUAUGGGUGAAGUUCAGAGUGACCACCCGAAUGAAGAUGAAAAUGGUGCUGAUGGAAAUCAAGAUGGCAAUAGACGCUAUCGUGCUAACUUUUCGUUUCGAUUGAUUCCGAUCGAUCAAUAUGAAGAAGGAAUCUAUUUAUAAUAUUCCUAAAACGAUCGACGUUCCGGAUCUCAAUAUUUUUCCGUUUAUUUAUACAAAAGCGAGAUGCGAAGUCAAGUUGAACAAUUAAUACUAUCAUAAACUCUGUAUCCGAUUUGUUAAAUUGUUUUCAAAAGUUUUCAAUAAACAACUUUAUAUUCGAAA